AUGGAGACACAGGAUUGUCAAGAAGCCAGCAAUUCCCCUGAAACGACUGCCGAGGUUGCCGUCAGCGGUUCUGCGAAGGGCAAAGGCAAGAGCAAAGGCCCGCCUUUGCCAACGUUUACGAAGAAACCAGAGGUCGCGAAGCAACCGGAGCCCAAAGCAAUCUCAGUGGACUUGGCACCACCCUUCCAGUUGGAGCGCCCGCCGAACUCGGAGAAGGGCGGGGUGAUCAAGUUCACAACCAGCAGCGGGUCUCAGCUACCUUUCCUCGUCCGUCAACUUACGGACAGCGGACGAGGGGAGAAGGGUGUCCGUGUCGAUCAAGCCGUGCGGUAUUUGGGGCGCCUUCGCGCAUUGCGGUUCGAGUGUGACAACUACAACGCGGCCACUCGCCCGGCAGAUGCACAGCGCUUCUUGGAAUUCUGCUCCUCUUGUGGCGUUCAAGCUGGAGAACGCCCUGUCGAUUUGCCCGGUUUGGAUGAGCUUAUUCAAACCGUGGAAGGCGAGAUCGAGGAUUUGGAGAGUCUGAGGGAAGAGAUCGGCUCCGGUCAUGUGCAAUUCACAGCCCUGGCUGAGGUUUUUAUCCCGGGAAAGAAGGUGUUCAUGCAAGUGGAGGGUUUGAGCGAGCCGGUUGGCAUGACGGUAUUGCAGAGCUGGUACCAACAGCAGCAAACUCUCUUUGGACCGGAGAAGUCUUUCCACAUGGAGCUAGAAUUCUUGGCAUACUUGGGAUCCAGUUUCGCGCUCGUCAACUUUCAAGAGGUCAUGUCUGCCUACAAGGGCGUCCGAAGAUUGGAUUCUUUGUUCUAUAUAGCAAUGACUUCACAGGUGCUGGAGAAGCUGCAUCAGCGUGGCAAGAAGUACAGAGAUGCAGCCAUGAGCUCACCGUAUGUGCAGUAUUCGCGCGGCUCCUUCUUCGCGCAUGGGCGUGCGAAGCAUGCCACCCUCUCAGGGGGCCGCGUCAUGCUAGACACACAGCGUGGCCACGAGUACGGCCAUCAUGCUGCUCGUGGUGGAGACAACUGCUCUUUAGCUCUCCAGCAAGCGCUGCGAACCUUCAAGCUGCAGCAGAAGCACGGCACUGAAACUCUUCGCCUGGUUCAGGAUCCUCAGGAUUCCGAGCUUUGGAUGGCCUGGCCAGCCAUGGUUGGGUUUUCCUUCACUGCGAAGUGCUGGGGCCAAGUAUUGGUGGCAGAUACCUCCCCAAUUCAAUUCCGAGCAGAUGCAUUUCAACAGCUUGUUCUACCUGACGACACGAAGGAGAUCAUCCGGUCUGCUGUGCGGCACGCCGGCACAAGCGGCCUGGACUUCAUUGAGGGCAAGGGAGAUAACACAAUCUUUCUGCUGUAUGGUCCACCUGGCUGUGGCAAGACACUGACGGCUGAAGCUAUCGCUGAGAUGCUUCACAUGCCGCUCUAUGUGGUUACAGCUGGUGAUCUCGGCAUCAACGCGCAGGAAGUUGAGCAGAACUUGUCGCAGGUGCUGCACCUGUGCAGUGAAUGGAACGCCCUCACACUCAUUGACGAGGCUGACAUCUUCCUUGAGGCCCGGAGCUCCUCUGAACUGCAGCGGAACGCGCUGGUUUGCGUCAUGCUCCGGCUGCUGGAGUAUCACCAAGGAAUCCUCUUCUUGACCUCAAACAGGGCCAGCAACAUCGAUCCUGCAGUCAGGUCCCGCAUCACCGUGGCACUUCACUACGAGCCAUUGAGCCAGAAAGGUCGCGAGGCAGUUUGGCGGAACCUUCUUCAGAAACUUCCGCAUUCCCAAGCAGACCCUUCCAAGCUUUCACGCCAUGUGCUCAAUGGCCGGCAGAUCAAGAGUUGCCUGCUGCUCGGCAAUGCCUUGGCCGCCGAGCGUGGCGAGGAAUUGAGCGGAGCUUUGAUUGAGCGGGCUGUGGUUGUGGUAGCGGAUCGCACCGGAGAAGGCGUGCUGCAGACUACAACGGUUGCUGCGAUGCCCCGUGGCCGCACAAUACUGCAACAGGAUGCGUCGGGCUCGACUAUCGUGACGCCCAGGGUGUCGCGGGAAAGGCCUUUACAACCCAAAGACUCGUCAAGCCCGCUUCUCCCUGGCAGUACUGGGUUACCCAGCAGUAUCCUGGUGCCGGCAAGUCCGAGACUGAUCUCGACCAGCACAUCCACCAGCCUUGCGUCAGUGGCAACUCGCGGUCCGAGCAUCGGUUUGCGAAGCAAGCCCUCGCAAUCACAGAGCCUGUGGGAGCCGACUCAAAGUCAGCGGCAGCAGCGAGCUUCAUCGCAUCUUGUCUUGGGCCAUGAUGCAAACCCCUUCCAGCAGAACGGGCCCGCAUCAAGCGGUAUUCCGCCUGACGCCACGACGUUCACGGAUGCAGCCCCACAGCUGCACUCCUGA